ACCGCCGGUGACUUCUCAACAACUGCUGCACGUCUGCCACAGAGGCUGGUUUCAGAGCAUGGCUGUAGUCAGUGGAACUUACCGAAUGGUGUCGGAGGAGGAGCAGGCUCUCCGGGCCAAGCUGGAGCGUCUCACUGUCAAGGACCACGGACCAGUGUUCGGACCCUGUGCCAGUCUACCAGACCACACCAGGCAGAAGGCCAAGGACGAGCUGAACGAGACAGACGAGAAGCGCGUGGCUGCAGUGAAGGAGCUGCGAGCGAUGAUCAAAGAAAAGGCAGACGGAGGAGAUGAUCUGGCCAAAGGAGUGCAGGACACCUUUGGGGAGAAACCCGACGGAAUGCUGGUCCGCUUCAUUCGCGCCAGGAAGUACGACGUGGUCCGAGCCUUCGAGCUCAUAAAGGGAUACGUGCGUUUCAGGAAGGAUUACCCCGAGCUGUUUGAAAACCUGACCCCCGAGGCUGUGCGCAGCACCAUCGAGGCUGGUUACCCCGGCAUCCUGCACAGCAGAGACAAACACGGCCGCGUGGUUCUGCUCUUCAACAUUGAGAACUGGGACUAUGAAGAGAUCACCUUCGACGAGAUCUUGCGUGCUUAUUGUGUGAUCCUGGAGAAGCUGCUGGAGAACGAGGAGACUCAGAUCAACGGAUUCUGCAUCAUUGAGAAUUUCAAAGGCUUCACGAUGCAGCAGGCUUCAGGAAUCAAACCCACCGAGCUCAAGAAGAUGGUGGACAUGCUGCAGGAUUCGUUUCCUGCCCGCUUCAAAGCCGUGCACUUCAUCCACCAGCCCUGGUACUUCACCACCACCUACAACGUGGUCAAACCCCUCAUGAAGAGCAAACUGCUAGAGCGAGUGUUUGUUCAUGGAGACGAGCUGGAAAAUUACUACAAGGAGUUCGACCCUGAGAUCCUUCCAGCUGAAUUUGAUGGAAAAGGUUCGAAGUACGACGGCAAGGCCACAGCGGCCAAGCUGUUUGACUAAACGCCCUUCGUCCCAGUCUCAACGACUCGGAGCCAUUAAAUGUUAAAAACCUUGUAGACUGUGGAGAAUCAAAGCCCAAUCUAGCUGAAGUUGUAGAAAUGAAAGUUAGAAAUAAAAACCAAAACGUGAGAAUGUUGUCGAGAGAUCCUAAAAAGCCCAAUCAUACAGGAGUAAACCGUCUGCGUCUUUAGGUAAUUUCACCUGUAAAACAAAUUGGACUAUAAAUGGUAAACCGCUGAGUUUGUAAAAUAAUAAAGCUCUUCUGUUCUAAUUGCCUGACAAUUAUCCAUCCAUCCAUUAUCUUGACCUGCUUCUUCCUUUUCGCCAAUGAUCAUUUAAUCACUCUUUUUGUUGGGUUUAUUAUUUCUGCACAUCAGAACAGUG